CACCCGCUGGCUGCUUCUUCUUCUUCUUCUCCAAUUCAUAAUUGAAAAAAAAAAAAAAAAUUUAGUAUUCGGAUCGUGAAUCAUGAAGUUUGGGAAGAGCCUGAGCAACCAGAUCGAGGAGACGCUUCCGGAAUGGAGGGAUAAGUUUCUCUCCUACAAAGAGCUUAAGAAGCGCCUCAAGCGCAUUGGAGGAGGAGAGAGACCGCUCAAGAAGCCCAGGCUAGGGGAUGAUGAGGAUGAAGCCCCCUUCAGCAGCACCGACGAUGAGGAGGGUGAUUUCUUGAGCCUUUUGGAGGCUGAACUUGACAAGUUCAACGCCUUCUUCGUUGAGAAAGAGGAGGAGUACAUCAUCCGUCUAAAGGAGUUGCAGGACAUAGUGGGGAGAGUGGCGGGAAAGGAUGACGAGGAUGAGCUAAUGAUGGUGAGAAAGGAGAUUGUGGACUUCCACGGAGAGAUGGUCCUCCUUGAGAACUACAGUGCCCUUAACUACACGGGACUGGUGAAAAUACUAAAGAAGUAUGACAAGAGGACAGGAGCCCUUAUCCGGCUGCCCUUCAUACAGAAAGUGUUGCAGCAGCCAUUUUUCACAACUGAUUUAUUAUAUAAACUUGUGAAAGAAUGUGAGUCAAUGCUAGACAGGCUCUUUCCUAAGAAUGAAGAGUCUGUGUCAGGAGAUCAUGGUAACGAGGAAGGAACUGUUGAGGGGAAGCGAUUGGAGAAAGGGUCCUCCUCUCUGGGCAGAGGUGAAGUUCCUGAGCUGGAGGAAAUAGAGCGCAUGGAGAGCUUGUGCAUGAAGAGCACGGUUGCGGCAUUGCGCGUUUUGAAGGAAAUAAGGAGUGGCAGCUCGACAGUCAGUGUGUUCUCUUUACCUCCUAUGCAGAGCAGUGGGAUGGAGGAGCAGUGGAAUAAAAUCCCUGUGCUAGAACAGGCUGCUAAGUGAUGAUAUAAUUAAGUUGUUAGCAUGAGCUGUGAUGAAGUUCGUGUUCAUAUACAUGUUCAUGGAUAGCAUGUAUUGGACACCACAUGUCACAGAUCAUUGAUACACUAGCACUCUGUAUGGUUUUGCCUGGGGAUAGAUUUGUAUAUCUCCCCGUUCUUGUUGACUUUUACAAAUCAUCUAAUUCACAUGUUCUGUUCACCAGGUUUCUAACAUGUAGGAUGUCGAGAAUUGAACAUACAGAUAUAUGCAAGAUCAAGUUCAAUGUAUUCUCUUAUAUUUA